GAAGGGGAGGAGAUCAAAAUUGACUCCGCUACAACUCUACUUUACCCACAGGCGCAGCAGUUCUCUGUCCCCUUGACAAACUCCUUCAGAGUCUGUGAAUUGAAUUGGAUUUGACGAAAUGUUUGUGAGUAGGCCUGUGGUGCACCCAGUGGAAGCGCCACCGCUGAGAGAGGGAGGCAACAAUGCUCCCAGAGUGAGGAUGAAGGACGUUCAAGGCAUGGCUGGCACGCCUGGUGGCCUUGUUCUUCGCCUCUUCCAAUUCCUUUCCGCCGUCGUUUCCCUCUGCGUUAUGGUUACCAUCUCUGAUUUCUACUCCGUUACAGCUUUUUGCUAUCUUGUGGUGGCUGUCAGCUUGCAAAGUUUGUGGAGCCUGUCACUAGCCAUUAUGGAUAUAUAUGCCCUUUUAGUGAGACGAAGCUUGCGGAAUUCUGGAAUUAUCAGUGUGUUCACUGUUGGUGAUGGGGUAAGAGUGUUUAAAUGGUCAAUUCAAGCAAAAAUUGCAUGUUUAUGGCUUAGUUGGACCUGUUCCUCAAACCUGGUUAAACAACAGGAGACAAAUUUAUGCUUACAGAUAUGAGCAAUAUUCUGCUGCAGAUCACUUCCACGCUUACAUUUUCUGCUGCAUGUGCAUCUGCUGGGAUCACCGUCCUCAUUGAAAAUGAUAUGGACAGGUGUGCCAUGAACCCCUGCACAAGGUUUGAGACUGCUACAGCUAUGGCUUUCAUCAGCUGGUUUGCUGUUUCACCAUCCUUUUUCUUGAACUUUUGGUCACUGGCUUCCCGAUAAAAGAACUCAGAACAGAGAAUCAACCAUCAAGUACAUUUUCUUUUGAUAUCUAUACCACCUGCUUUCUUCUAUAACACAACAAACAUUGGAGAUUUGCUAGCUCCUACUUUGUAUAUAAGCUAAUUUUUCAUAAAAAAAAAAUGGUGAGGUAGUAGGUACUCAUUUGUGGGUGCUAUAAUCUGUGCUGGCAAUAUUAAAUCUCAAGAAUAUGGAGGAGAUUAUUUGCAUGAUGACAUGACCACCCUCAAGUUCACAAUCAGUUACUAGUCUGUUCUGCGUGUAACGUCUUGGAUGUAUGCUUACAACAUAUUCCCACUCCUGUACAGAUGAUUUCUAAGUGGAGAUGCACUUUCUUUUCUUCCUAA